AUGUGUGAUGAAGUGGAAAGUUCAAUUGAAUGUCAAGAGGAAAAUCAGUCUUUGUUGGAGAAAACGUCUCCUCUGAGUCAGACCAAGGUACAUUUCACUACAUACCUAUCCAGAAUGGAGCGUGGACAAAGCUGGGAUGAAGAUGUGGAAUCUGAUUCAAAUCUUGAAAUGUCAGCUAUAAACACAGGUCCAAAAGGGGUAAUAAAUGACUGGAGAAAGUUUAAGCUGGAGAGUGAGGACCAAGAAACCACUCCUUCAAACAAAAGGCAACUCCUUAGGCAACUGUCAUCACCAUACCGAUCUCCCAGUAAAGACAAAGGCACAAAUGAGAAAUUCAGUCGUAAGAUGAGUGUGCAGGAAUACGAAAUGAUCCAGGGCAAGGAAGAUGAGGCCUGCCUUCGUAAAUACCGCAAGCAGUGCAUGAAGGAAAUGCAUCAACAGCUGAGCUUCGGGCCUCAUUUUGGAGUGGUCUAUGAUCUAGAGAACGGCGAGCAAUUUUUGGAAGUGAUUGAAAAAGAAUUGAAAAAAACCACCUUGGUGGUGAACAUUUACGAAGAUGGAGUGAAGGGCUGCGAUUCUCUGAUUAAUUGCUUAACAUGCCUUGCUUUGGAGUACCCCUUGGUCAAGUUCUGUAAAAUAAAGGCCUCCAACACCGGGGCUAGUGACCGCUUCGCUGAUCAUGUCCUCCCAGCAUUAUUGGUGUACAAGGCGGGCGAGCUGAUCGGCAACUUCAUACACAUCACUGAGCAGCUGGGUGAAGAAUUUUUUGCGGUGGAUGUUGAAUCCUUCCUAAAUGAAUAUGGCCUUUUGCCAGAAAGGGAAUUCACUGCUUGUGAAAACGCCAGUGAUGGUAGCGAUGUAGAUAUUGAAUAA